CGUGUCUUCAGUUCAAAAUGGCGGACGAAGAGUAGCAUUUCUGACAAAAUUUGUUGCGUUCCUCGAUUCACAAACGGAAAGGUUUAACAACAAUAAGGACAAAUAUGCUUCAUUGUCUAUAAAAUGAGGAGUAUUUGCCAUGUCUCUUUUGAAGAAAGGAGGAUAUACAACCUAUGUUACAAGCCAAACAGAAAACGACUCCCGGUCAGCCGAAAUACAAAAUGUUCCCUCCUCAAGGGUUUAUAUAUUUGGGAAUGAUGGCGCCGAUGAAGUUGGCAUUGAAGACUCAGCCGUGGAAAUGACAGAGCUGAGACCGAGGAGUAAAAACAAGAAGUCGUAUGCGUCGACGAAAUCGGUGGCUCAGCAAUAUAAAAAGACUGAAACUAUUGAUCGUGAUAUUUUGCCUAAUGAUUCCCUUCAGAGUUUGUCGUUACAGUAUGGUUGUACGGUAAGCUCACGUUUACAUUACGCUAGUGAUUUGUAACACUUAUACUUUCUUUGAUACUUAUUUCACCUCUCAUUCUUACAAAAAAUUAUAGAAAAAUGAUCGAAUGUCUUUAAUAACCAUUUGAUCUUUAAUUCUAUGUUUUUUGUAAUAAAUGUUAGACUACGUUACAAGUACGUCCCUCAUUUUCCUCAGAAGAAUUCGCGAGUGCGGGUGAAAAUCGCCAUUCGCGAGAAAGGUGACACGCGGAGGGGAGAAAAUGAGGUACUUAAGACAAAGCCCAAACUUUUGACCGUCCUCACAAACGAAAGAUUCUAGACAGUAAAUAUCUGAUCAUAAUGAAUGAUUAUCACUUUGGACUUUUCUUUAGGCAUGUCUUUGAAAAAUUUCUUUCUACUUCCUGUCAAAUAUAUAGAGGCAGGGCUCAAAAUAUUUUUUGGAUGGCAACGGUACACGAUGACCGGUCAAAGAUAUUUUUGCUUGGAAAAAUCUUGUUCCUGACUGGUCAAAAUAUUGGGAAAAAAGUUAAUGUAACUACCGGCAAUCCUUGUCAGGGCUGUCAUUAAGUGGUGGGGGCUGGGGAUUUCGCCCAGCUACUUUCAUAGGAAAAUAUAAGAAAAACAGAACCAAAAGAAAUCCUUAGCUGUUUGAUUCCCCGCCUACUUGUUGUAUUUACCUGGCAACAAAUCUUAGUGAUAGCCCUGGCUGUGUUUUUUUCUAGCUGUGAACGUGAUUGGGUUUUUUGACCCAUGCUUCCACCUAGAUUUCCAAAAGUGCUUGAGGCCCUCCUCCCCUCAGGAUUUCCAAGUUCAAAGACCCCCACCCACUCAUCCGGAUUUCCAUAAAAUAGUUAGACGCGGUAAUUUUAAUUCACACUCAAUUAUGUUGAAGAAUUCUUCUAGGCACUUAGAUGAUCUUUUUAUUAAAUAAGUCUCAAUUUUCCGUGAAUUCUGUGUUUGUUGUGAAAGUUAAGAUUACAUUUUUACAUCUUCUUAAACAGGCUUACACUUUUUGCAAAUGAGCUCACAUUUGAGUAACCUGAGAUCAGGCCCAAUUUGAGCGGUUCUCAUACAUUCUCUCUAACGGCUACCGCUGAAAUUGGGCCUGAUACAAACUCAUUCCAUUUGUGCUUGUUACGGCCAGAUUUUGGCCGUAACGCUGAUUGGCUGUUAGAACAAUGCCACAAGAUCUGAUUGGCUGUCAGAAAUGCCGGAAGUUGAAAGCGCUUAUACGUCACGUGGUUGUUUUCGUGAAUGAUCCGUCGUCAGCAGAGAGAAGGAUCGAUUUUGCUGUCUUUUUUAUUGUUUUAUGGUCUUACGGUAGGAAAAUAUGCCUUAAUAUGUGCCAUGGAAAUUCAGAAAAUUCAUAUGGUUGUCCAUAUCUUCUCAGGAUUUGCUUUAUUUACGGAAAGUGAGUGUAUUGCGGAGUUGAAUCCCAAGUUGUUGACCGCUAACAAGGUGCCUUUUGAUUUACCAACAAACGGGUGCAAAUCAAAAUACUGUCCAUCUUAAAACUGGUUUCAUUUGAAAGUUUAGCCGUGAAUGACUUCUCUGAACGGGGUACGCAAGCGGAGGCUCACUGCGAAAGAAACCUCAAUCGCCAACCGUGAAGUAUUAGACAAAAAAUAUGGCAUCGCUGUUCAAGGAAUUCCAGUGUUAACAGACUGGUUGUUUGCCUUCGCUUUUUGUAAAAAAUAAACCAGGAAAACUGGUGUCCUCGCUCGGUGGCUGUUUGCUUUUGUUUUUAAAGAUUUAUGUACUGAAAAUCGGGGGAAAUUGCCGAGGAAAAUAUUAAGGCAACAAAAAAGAGAAAUUUCAGUAUUUUAAAUUCGAGCGCGCCUAGCCAAAAUAAUAAAACUAUUAGAACAUUGUGUCGCCGUCUUUUCGAAAACUUUUUACCUUCUAUGCCAACAUAAAUAACAUACAUAAAUAACAUAAGAAAUAAGCAUCGAGAUCUCCCUUAAUGUCGCAAGAAGUUAAAUGUGAUUGUGCUGACUGUUUCAUUUUUAGCUGAAAAAAUUAACAGAUAAAAGCUAUUUUUUAAGUCAGCCAGUCUGCAUUUUUCCCGUGAGUGAAAAAUGUGCAUACUAGAAAAACAAGCAACGGAAGUAAUUUUGGUUGGCUGAUUUGGCAAAUGUCAAUCAAUCAAAAAAGUGGGCGGCAGACGUUUCGUAGAAGGUUUGUAUCAGGCUCUCUUUUCGUUUCGCCUUGCCCGCCCGAAUGCUAUUACAAAGCGAAAUGAAAAUUAAGCCUGAUCUCAGGUUAACAUUUGAGUGAACCUCCCUUUUUCUCUAGACCAGACAAAAUAUACAGCAAUAUAUACUGCAAUAGAGCCCAAAACUAACUAUGUACUCGAAUAAAAGGUUUUCCUCUUUGUUGAUAAAAAAUGACAGCGAAACAAAGAAAAACAACACUUAGUGGGUUAUUGCAUAAUGCGCUAUACUGCUAGCCACUGCACGUGCCUUUUAAAAAUGGCUGCCGGACAAUCACAAACAACCACAGUUACUUGUAUGGCAGGUUUGGCGGUAAAUCAUCCUGAAAUAGCUUUGACCUUGGAAAAAUGUAGAAAUCAUUGUUUGCUUAACUUGAAUUGAGCACUUUUUUUAUGAAUUGUGCGAUUUUUCUUGAGAUCUUCAAGUUAUCGCCUGUCGCUUCUACAUUUAAGUAAUGAAGGGGAGCCUAUGGAUGGAAACUUUAAAAAAAUAAAUGUGGUAAGAAGUCUAGUUUGAAAGAAUGAUAAACUUUGAAAACAUAAAGCAGUUUUUUCAAAACUUAUUGAUUGAAACAAUGGAGACAUCGAUGAAUGUAACUCCUGAGGAUAAAGUUAAACCCCCCUCCCAUCUGGAUUUCUAGAGCCGUUAUUCCCCCUCCCGUGAGAUUUUCCAGCAUGCCCUCCGUCAGGGGAGUGUGGAUUUUUUCUGGAAUAACCCAUUGUAUUUUUACAACGAGUUAAAUCUAAGAUUUACAGGUAAAAAUUAGCUGUUUCUUCAAGAAUGAGAGUGUGCGUGACUGGUCAACAUGUCUGGUUGGCAAAGUAGCCUUUGAGGCUAGACAUUGCUCCCUGACUGGCCGUUAUAUUGAGCCCUGAGAGGAAAGGUUGUUCAGCUUUUUUUAUCUGGGGCACCUCCAGAAAGUACGUUGCUUUUCAGGUCUGUAAACAAAACAUCGGGGUGCUGGAGUUCUUACUUGAUGCAGCGCAAAAAAAACAAGAAGAGAGAGAGAAAUUAAAAUGACAGAGAGCAUUCUUUCAUUAGUAUGGAAUUUCUCUCUUGUUUCUCAGAUGUCAUUUUACGGGAAGUUUGGUGGUGUGGCAAAAUCAUGGCUGUUUUCACAGGCUUGGAGCAAAUGGGUUAAUAUUUAAUUUUAAUUGUUUAUUCCAAGCCUUAUACUGAUUAUGCUCUAACUUAUUUUUUUCUGGCAGGUAGCAGAAUUAAAGAGAACAAAUAACUUGUACAGUGAUCAAGACUUCUACGCAUUAAAGACUAUCAAAAUCCCAGUUCGACAACAUGGUUUGUUGACAGAAACUGCCGAUAAGAAGAGAAGGCCUCCACCUUUAAUAUUACCUGACAAAAGGCCAUCUUCAUCAGCAGAUAUUGAUAGUGAUGAUGAUAAGUCAGAUUAUGAUGAACCUAGUGCAGAUUUUGUCAGAACUGUCAGUAUUCGCUCGGCGCUUGACUCCCCAAACAGCUUUUUACAACACAUGGACAAUGACCUCAAAAUGAUUUGCAAAUCCAUACCCUUGCGGAAGCAGAAUCUUGAUGAGGUUGCAAGGACGUUGACUGUUAAUUGCAUAAAUCCUAUAAAACUUAGAAAACAACAACAGGAGAAAGGCCUUGGAACUGCUUGUGGUAUUGGAUGGAAGGGAAUUAUAGUUGUUGUAUUUUUUGUUGGCAUAUUGCUGCCAGGACUAGUAGCUUUUUUAUAUCUUAGAAAGAAAGACAGCUAA